UAGAUCGAAUGAUAUAUGCAUGGUAGAUCGAAUUAUAUAUACAUCAUAGAUCAAAUGAUACAUACAUGGCUUUAUUUAGAAAAUUUUAUAAGUUCUGGGUUCUGUUUAUUUUAUUCUGUUUGUCUUGUAGAACUAAAUGCAAUAACAUGUUUAAAAACAAUGAAAAAAAGAAAUGAAAAUGAACAUGCUCAGCUGCAUUGGUCCAAAAUCAGAGAUGCUGUAUUUGGACCUAGUAGUUUACCAAAAAGUGAUGAAAAUGUUUGGUUGAAUUCAGAUGGAUGUUAUGAUGAAGAAUUGGUUGAACCACUUGUGUUGCAUCAUGGUACUAAGCUGUCGAAGUCAAUUUGCAUUAACUACACACACAAUCAUAUCUCCAUAAAAUCAGUGAUAUAUAGUGUUACGCAAGAGUCUUAUAUCUUGAUUUUAACCAAUGGUUAUUUAUGUGAGUGUGAACAAGAUAGCAAGCAAGAAGUCUACCAAUGUGUUCAACCAGUGUUAUCUAUUACUUCUGUUGAGAAAUAUAAAUCAUAUGCUGUCAUUUGUCAGGAUAAUGCAAUAAGGAUUUUAAAUAAAGAUUUUGGCUUGGUUAAUACUAUUCCAUUCAGUGGAACUUGUUUCGGCAUCCAGUACAAUUUGUUUACACAUGAGAUUUUGACUUAUGGAAGAGGCUCAUUAACAAUUUGGAUGUUUCGUGCUGCAGGUUCUUUGUUGAUACCAAAAAAAAUCAUACAGGAGCAACUAUCACCUAAUGAUGACGUAUCACAUGUGUUUAUUGAAAAUACAUCAAGUAACAACCAAAGAUGCUUUGUUGCUGUUAAGAAGAGCAUUCUAAUUUAUACCUUGAGUGAAGGAACAUGCAUUAAAAAACUUUCCACUAUCCACAAUUACCCCAUCACAAAAGUUCUUUUUUAUGAACCGCUUAAGCUACUUGUAACUGGAGGUAAGGAUGGCUGUAUAAAAGUAUGGGAUCGUUCUUGGAAUCUUAACUGUCUAUUUGUCGGCCAUGCAUCCUCCAUUACUGCACUCACUGUGUUUCCUUAUGGUCCAUAUAUCAUGUCUGCUUCUACUGAUGGCACCGUACGUACAUGGAGUUUAGAUACAAAAGAUGAAAUGAAUUGUCAAACACUACAUGAUCCAAUUUAUGGUUUACAUUGCCAACUUAAUGUGAAUGUUUUCUUUUGUUUUACAAAAACAAAUUUAGUUUUGUGGACAGUCAAUCACUUGUAUUCGCCUUUUAUAGUAUUAGGAGUGAAGCCCAAGAAAAUAAAAACAACAAUAAAUUCAAAGGUUUCUCCAAUAUCAUUUUCCAUCUGUGAUGAUGCAUGUAUUCGAAUUAUUUGUCCUAUCAAUGGUGAAGUUGUGACUGUUUUUGUUAGUCCAGGCUUGACACCUAUCUUAGAUGCUGAAUACCAUGUUCUGCAAAACCUACUGUUUGUUCUGCUAACAGAUGGUAGAAUUGUAAAAGCUUUAACCACCACCAAUCCAUGCACUAUCCUGCAACUGUGGAAUAAAGAUCAGACUUUCGCUCCAUCAACUUGUACAUCUAUUUCACUGUAUGAGUAUGUAACACAGAAACCAGAUGCUCAAGAUAUAUGGGGAAAUAUAAUUGAGCAAGCAACAGUUAAAUCACAAGCUAACCAAUGCUCGACACUUCUCCUUGGUGGUUGUCAUGAUGGAAGUAUUGUUGUGUUUAACUGGUUUGAUGAGGAAAGAAGAGGGAGAAUUAGUUUUAACCUGAAGGCUCAUCGGGAAGAAAUUACCAUUAUGGCGUCUAACAACCGGCUUAACCAAUUAGCUACAGCUAGUAAAGAUAUGACGUUGAAAGUCUGGCGAGUUUUUCCAUUUGCUGACGAAGCAUUGGCACCCUUGGUGAUGUUUCUUCACACAAGCUCUGUAUCAAAUUUGAUAUUCUCCCAGCAUGUUCUUGCGGCUGUUUAUAAGGAUUCUUCCAAAUCAUCUCACACUGUUUCACUGUAUAACACUAAACGCACUAACGAAGCCCGACCAAUUGAGCAUGAUGUGAGUGAAGAUCAUACAGACGUGAUAACAAGUAUCAGUUCAUGUCUCAAAUUGCGCCUUAUUGUUACUUCUAGUAUGGACAAAACUGUACGAAUAUGGAAUGCUAGAAAUAAGUUAAUCAGAGUAUUACAACUGAAUGAAGUAGCUCACAGUGUCGCCUUUUGUUCACAGAGGGGUAACCUCUUGCUGAGCGUUGGUACAAAUAUUUAUUUUGUCCACUACAAAAAAUAUUUACCAAGACCAUAUUUUUAUCAGAUGGUUGCCAUGGAAUUUACAGAGUGCCGACCGAUUCCCGUCAUUCCUAUUGACGAAACGUCAAACUUGAGUGCGAGUGAAAAAUCCAGAAUAAUGAAAGCACAGUCUUCUUAUAUCAAGUAUAUGUGUUUCAUUGAUAAUAUACCAGUUGAUGAACAGAAGAAAAGAGAAGAAGAAGAAGCAACGAAGAAAAGGGAAUUUGCAAUUCUGGAAGCCAGAAAUCGUGAAUUAGAUUUGAUUAAAAAUGGAGAGUUGAAGUCUCAGAAGCGUCAGAAAUUAACCAGUGAGCAAAAAGAAGAAGCUUUUCAGAAGUAUUUGAGUUUCUUUUAUACAAGACCUGAUAUUGACUAUCCUGAAGAAGAUAUUGAAGAUAAAGAAGACAAAUUCGUGUACAAGCUGGACGAUCCCUACAAACCAAGUCUCCCCGGUGAUGGAUUUUUUUCGGUUGAUGCCAAAAAGUCAGAUAUGGAGAAAAUCAAAGCUAAUUUAAGAAAAAGCAGAGAAGAAGAUCUGCGAAGGAGGGGGAAGUUAAAGGAAAAACAACCGGUAUUGAAAGAGGUUCGCUCUUUGUCAAUUGAGACGGACACUGUCAAUGAAGAGAUUCCGAAGAAAGUAGUGAAACAUCCUUUGUCGGCUGCUACUACAUAUACAGAGCGAUUGAAAGCGAUGAGAAAAAUAAGAAGUGCGUCAAGACCUUGCGACGACUUUAAUUUUAUCGCGGAAAAGCUUCCCGUCAUUGAAGCGUCGUCGACUUGUUAUCCCAAUCAUGCCGAAACAAAAAGACGUGUUAAUAAAACGAUCGUGAGUAAGAUCGAGCAGUCUGAAUACCACGCUGAACCAAACCACGAAAGUAUACCAGUUGCUCCCGAUGGUUUUAUACCCAAUUCGGUGGUUGUGGCUUUGUAUAAAGAACUUCGAAGAGAGGUAUCGAGAGAAGAAAAGAAAGAAAAAUGGCAGCCAAAGCAGUUAACAGACGAACAAUUAGAAGAACUGGAUGUGUUCAGAAAAAAUAGUGAACAUGAAGAAGAGGUAGUUGAAUCACCUGCAGAAGUGACAAAAUUACCUUCGAUAACUGAAGCGGCUGGAUUUUCUGAGAUUGAACAGACAUCUUCUCGAAUAGUGGAUCAUUUAAAUCAAGAAUUUUCAAAUGCAAGUUCCGAAGAUAGUGACCUCGACACCCCUCCUCUUACGCCACCUGAAUCUCCAGUUCUUGAACUACCUGUUGAAGUUCCUUUCGUAAAGAAGGAAGUCAUUCAACCGAGGAAACCAAUCCAAAAGUUGAUUGCAAAACCUGUCAUUGUUGAGAGGCCUAAAACUCCAGCGCGUGAGCUGACGCCUCCACCGCCUCCGCCCCCGCCAUCACCACUACCAAUGUUUAUAACGCAAUUUCAAACGUGUGAUUGGUUUAGUGUGUGUUUUCCUGAAUUCGAUAGUACGACAUUUGAAAAGCCAAGAACCCGAAGCAAGUUUGUUAAAGCACUUUUGAAGUGCUUGGUAGAAACAGAGAAUUAUCAGUUGAAAACAAAACUUAUUUCGGCUCUUUUCGUUCUGUAUAACCAAGAGAAGUUUGACGAAGAAAUUACCCAACUCGUUCGAAGUACAAUACUUCACCAGUUAAACCUCCCUGUAGAAGCGUCUCCUGUUAGCAACUCUCCUGCACAGUUGAUAUUUAUAAAAAAAUGUUUGCAACUUCUUUUCGAAUUCAAAGAGAUUACGCAUGCACUCAUUGUAGAGUUGAUGACGCAAUUUUUACUGGGAACUGCUUCAUUCAGAAAAGAAAUUAUGACAACUUUUGAAGAGUUAGGUUUGGAGGACUCUAAUGGAUAUUUCCCAACAGAACUCUACACAGCUUUCGAUGUCUCACAAGUUGAAGUCGGAGAGCAAAAACAAAAAUUGAACAACCUUUGUUCGGAAUGGUUGGGUUUGUGGACGAACAAUUUCCAACGUCAUAUCACUUCGCUGACAGGAAAAAUUUGUCGUGCUAGUAAAGGAAAAGUUGUAAGGGGUACAGCUAAAUCAGGAAAUGUGAAAAAUAUCUUAAAGAGAGAAGCUGGACGCGGAAAGAAGUCUGCUAAAGUGAAACAGCAAGAAAAUUCAAUUGCGUUUGUAUCAGAUGAUUUUGUAAGCGAAGCAGCCAAUCAUAUCACUCCAAUUGAAGUAAUCAAUUAUUUUUGUGAAAUGAAGUAUGAAAACCAUCUUGAACGUGCAAGAUUGGAAGCACUGGCUGCUCAGACAACACAAAAGCAAGUGAAGAAAAAAGAGGAUGAAAUUAGAAAUACUGUGCUCAUGUUGCCUUAUGUGGAAGGAUAUGUCAGUCUGGCACGUGUUGGAGAGACACAUCAAAGUAAAUGUCACCCUGAAAGAGAAACAUCGUUGACGCAUCGACUAGCCCUACCACCGAUUGAAAACAAAAAUGGCGUCCACAGUUUAUUGCUGCGUUUAAAAACCUUACAUUUGAAUCCUUUCCCGAAUGAGUUGGACGAACUCAUUUAUGCGCCAGCAGCCAACGCAGAUCUUGUGACAUUAAGAUACGCACAGAAAUAUUUCAUUCCAUCAAGAUCUGUCGUAGCAGCCAACUGAGUUGUUUGUUGUAUAUUUGUUUGUUUGUUUGUUUUAACCAAAGAAAGCUAAAAAAAUAUAACUAAUAAUUAAAAUUUUAAUGAAGAAAUUGUAUUUUUUAACUUAAAGUUUAAUAUAUUAAACACACUUUUUUGUAACAUAGUUUUUUGUGGUAUUAUAUUUAUUGAGAA